GUAACGCUGCAGCUUCCGUUCCUCCUCCUGCUGUCGCCAUGGUAACGACGGACGCUGCCUGACCUGCUGUCGCUGCUGCUGCGUUAUGGCUUUCUUCGGGCUCACAGCACUCGGGUAUCAGGCUCCUCUGCGAGCCGCUCAAAGUGCAGGGGAUCCCCGGGAGAAAGCGGGGGAAAAUGGAAAAAAUGACGUAAAGCUUCCUGAGCUCGAUCCCCUGUCUUCUUACGUCAGUUGUGGGAAGUAUCAGGAGAAGGUGAGACGCCAGCAAGACCUGAGGACUCCGAAACAGACUCAGCGAUUUCCUCUGACGGCAGCCCAGCAGUAUGGUUGGUGGCUGCCACAGGAGCCCAAGGAGAAAGUUGACAACAUGUAUCCUUGGACUCAGACCAUACGACACCCCAUGAUAAAUAGUCCCAUGACCAGAUUUGUGGAUGAAAUGGCGAUAACUAACAAAGAUUUCCAAUUGUUCUGACAUGUGCCUUUAAGUAUGGAUGACAGCGCAAUUCUUCCGGUCUGAAGUGCCAUCUACUCAAUCAUCAACCAGCCACAAGUUAGAUGUCUGUUGUGUAUGAUUAUCAUUUAAGAAAGAAACCAAUAAAAACUGGAAAAAAAUAAAUAA